AUGAGAAUCAGAAGAAACCAAACAAACAACAAACCCAUCAUCAAUUCGUACCUUUCACAGAUAGAAGGCGUAGUUCUGAAUAAUUAUCAGUUUACAGUCGAGUCUCAGAAAGAAUUAACUCUGAUGAUAGAAAAGGAAAUAAUGAAGACAGGUCCUUUUUUCCUCCAUCCGAUUAAACUAGCAACAUUUAAAAGAUUUCCUCCAAUUCAUCUGGCUAUACAAGUUUAUUCAGUCACAUAUUUGUUUGCUGAAGUAAUUAUGAAGUCUUCCAGAGAGGUAAAGAUAGACGACGCCUUCCAAACAUCAGGAAAAUUUGUCGUAUCUAAUAUACAUAGUCAAAAGAAUGGGAAACAACCAAAUUAUAUCUCAACAUAUGAUUGGCUUAUGCAGCAUAGUCGACGUAAUGAAGUAACUUCCAAUGAUUCUUUCUCAAUUAAUGUCACCAUUUCUCAGGAGAUUUUUAUUAAGCCAUACAUUGAAUGGAGGGAGAGAGACAUUCGAUUAGAUUUUGGAUCUCCCUUUACUGUAAGGUUAAAUCAAGAAUUAGAUAUGACGUCAUCAGUCGCUGAUGUAUCACUUUGUGCAAAUUUGACAUCACGAAUCACAGGUGUGUUUUCCACUGGAACAAAUUCCUUAGUCGUAGAUGCAUUUGGGAUUCCGAUAUGGGGAGAAGUUUCAACAUUAUCUAAAGCCCGAAUAACAAGUGUCUCUAUACUCCAACAAAAUCUCUCCAAUAAAUGCCGAGCAAAUUGUUUUGGAACUCAACAACCGAUGACUACAUCUAUAGAUAUUUGUGGUCCAGAGGAACUUGUUGUGUUCCGAAAUUCGUCUUCGUUCUCUACAUUACGAAAGUUAUUUGGGAACGCCAUUUUAUUUCUGUCGGAGGAAUCCAACGAAUCAUCGUGGUGUGGACAUCCGGGAAAUCCUUGCGAGGACUGUGAUGAUUACUUUCAAGAUGAUAACGUUUGCUCAGACAGAUAUGUUACACCAAAUCUUGCAGAAGUUUUAACUAAGCUUGUCAAGUUCAUUGCUGCUGAAUGGCCAGGAAGAAAACUGUUAAUUCUAGAAGCUUGGGACGAACCUACCUCGAUAUAUCCACUUGGUAGUCAUGGCAAUCACUCUUUGUUCUAUUCCGGAAGAGCAGCCAGAAUUGCUAUGAGCAAGAACCUCGCUAGUAAAGAACCGGAAACAGACAGAGUAAUUUUUCGUAGAUUUGAGGAAUUAAUUAGAUGUUCUGAUGUCGAUUACCUUGAGACGUUUUCAAAAGAUUCCGUGGUGGACAUAUGUGUUUCGGAUGAUUCGGCGUCUUUAUUUACAAACCAGAAUUACAGGAGGAAGAAAAGAGCAGUGAAAUCAAACAACAUCGUAAAAGUGAACAGUUGGAAGGAAGACAAGGACAAAUUUAAUGAUUAUUUAUUUACCUUGGUAAGUGCUAAAACACUUGGAUCUACUUUUAAGGAUUACUUUGGAGGUGGAAAAUAUCACCCAAAGGAUAAAACUGCUGAGGAAGUGUGUGGGAAAGCGGAUGAGGCAUACAGUGUGGAUAAUCUAGAUCAGAUGCAGCGAUUAAUUCAGUAUCCGCUAGAAAAUGUUGAAUUUGAGGCGGAGGGUCCACAAACCUCGUCUUGUGGAUCGGAGACGAGGGGCUGCAAUCAGUGUAAAAAUUACACUGAUGUAGACAACCCCUGGGAUUGGUGCUUGACUCGAGCCAUGACUACUAGAGCUGUUACUAGACUACGAAGACUGGUGAGAUUAAUAGAAGACAACGUUCAGCUUCCUUCAAAACAAUCAAGAGGGACUACAAAUGAAGAACUAGGCAUAUGUCGAUCAGGAUUUGCGUUGUUUCAUACCCUUGAAGAGUGUAAAAAAUUAAUGCCAGACUCAACUGUGGAUAAAGAAACAAAAUGUAUGCUGUCACUGUCAAGAUCUUUUGCAGAACCAAACCCAAUGGCGGAUGGUGUAUCCAUUCCAUUAACUCCAGCCUGUAAUCAAGGUGAUAAUACAAAAAUAGUUCUUUACGGAAAUGUUUGCUCAGGAGAUCCUUGCCAAUUCUUUUCCGGAAAGGAAUACCAUCUUCUGCUCAAAUUGAUUCUAAUUUUCGAAGUGUGUUCAUCGAAAUGGAAUCAGGAAAGUAUGGAUUCAGAAAUUCAGUCACUAAAGGUCAAGGAUGAAAACCUAAUGACAACUUUAUCUUGGUGUAUGGCUGGUGAAAAGCCAAUAUUGAACAUUCACUAUCCAGAUGACCAAACAAGUCGCCCAACAAUUGGAAUCGGCUACAGCUUGAGGGAGCGAAUUGGAUCAUCUGAAAAGAAAGAUUUCCUUCUGGAAACUCUUCCAAGCGUGGAUUAUGGUGGAAUACUGAGUGGUAAACAAUCCCUUACAAAGGAACAGGCGCUUUUCUUGUUCGAUAGAACGGUAAGAAGAUUCAUGAUAAAAACCAUUGACAGUGCUGUCCCCUUUAAAACAUUUGUACAUUUGGAUACAGCUACAAAAAUUGCCCUUAUAAAUGCAAAUUAUAGAGGCGAAUUUGGCUCUAAAAUUAAAAGUAAAUUUAAGUCAGCAGUGUCCCAUGGACAGUGGGCAAAUGCCGCAGCCAUAUAUUUGACCCAUGAUGACUACAUUGAAAACAAAUGUUCGACAACCGGCAAAGGUAGCAUAUGCACACGGAUGAGGUGGAACGCUGAGCAGUUCAAAAAACACAUAAUGAAGCCAGUUAGAAUAUCAAGUACGGACCAGUCCAAGCAAACGGGAUCAACUAGCAAGACACUCUCAGCUGUUGGAAGAUCAUUAAAAAUAUCUGUCAACACAGGAGUGUCGUUGAGCACUAGUAAACUGGCAAAUCUCGCCGUUCUCGCAGGAUUCGAUCACGUGACCAAAGAAUCGGAGCAUAUUAUAGCCAGUGUCCGAGCAGCCGUUGGUGUGAACGCAGUGAUUGUAAACUACCCAAAUCUGAAUAUGCAUGAAACAGAACCUCCUGCAAAAGAUGUGAUAGAAUAUGAAAUACCUGCAGAUGCAGACUAUAGUUUAACAUAUCCUAUUCUUGUAGAUGGAUUCAACUCUUCUGUCAAUCUUUCAGAUUGUUACAGAAUAGCAGACAUAAAAUCAGAUGAUUUCAGGUAUUUUAGAUUUGAUGAAAAAUUGUUGGAAUGUCUGGAAGAUGCCAGUAGCCAUUCUGACGGAUGUAUUAAAGUUAUAUAUGGUUCAGGAUAUCGGGUACGAUCAGAAAACAAUAGAAAUAUUGAUUCCAGACAUGCAGAAGAAAAGUGGCGUUUUUCUGUAGGUCAAGCAGUAGAGAUUGGUCAAGGAAUGAACCAAAACCAGUUGUACAAUCUUGGAUUAACCAUUAUGAGAUCAUGCGUGCAGAAUCUUAUACCGAAGAGGUUAAUACUUGGCUUCGGGGUCCAUUCAGACAGACUCUAUGUGGAUAUAAGGGAAUCAACUCCAACAGAAGAGUUUGUAAAAAUCUGGGAUCACGGAUUCGAACCAUUAUACAAUCAAUUGAAAGAUAUAGAGACUGGGUUUAAACAUGGUGGGGCAUUCAUUCAACCAACAAACAGAACAAGAGCAUGCCAACCACCGCCCUUGGGAUUAAAAGCAUAUUACAUAAAAUAUUCAAAAGAAGGGGAAUGUGGUUCGGACAGUGGAGAUUCCUCAGAAUGUUCCAAAACUUCUGCUACUCGUAAAAAGGCAGCAUCUGAAUUUCUUGAAAGGUUGAUAGAGGUGGCAGGAAACGGACCUCUGGACAAGGCAACACUGAGAUCAAAAGUCAACAAAUGUUUAGUGGACCUGUGUGGGGGUUGUAUUGGGAAAGGAAAAGUAUGGAAAGAUAAAACAAUUGCAUGUUUUGACCUUGUGACCUACUUUUUGAAUGGAUCUUCAUCUCCUUUUCCUGAUUUGAGGAACACCGGGGCUUUCUACAAUACAGAGAACACCAAGUCUGAGGUUCAUUCCUUAGCCUGCCAUGAUGGAAGUGCAUGCCUCGAAAAUGUCCAGCUUCAUUCCUUCUUGCAGGAAACUUUAGCAACAAAGUAUAAACCAGAUUCUUCGAAGACCAAUGAGGAACUCUUAUAUGAUCCAGUGGAUAAUCCAUCACCACUCCCAGAUAUCCUGGAACAGGAAAUGGCCAUGCGGGUGUCUGGAAAUGUCUCAGUCUACAUUGAAAGCAGCGGGGAUAUAUCAAAACUAAACCAUCUACUAAAGAUACUAAUGAUUUAUAACGUAAAGGUGACCAAUGUUCAAUUUCAUCUUACUAAGUCAGUGAGAGAGAACCAAGUUAUGGGUGCAAUUCAACGUAAACUAGAGCGAUGGUCAUAUUCCGUGUGUCCUGAUAGAUCCCGGAUUGUAGUGGCACCGUACACUGUCCAUAAAAUAUCACACGAAAGACACAGGAGAAGCAUUGAAAGAAGUGAAGAAAGAAACACUGUGAAACAAUUGAGAAAUAACUGGGAACUAGAGUGGUUAGCGAAAACAUAAUUAUUUCUGUAUUUUUUUUCUUUUGAAUGCAAAAUAAUAAAAAUAUUUCAAUUUCUGAAGCCGUAUGACAUAUGCCAUAU